UUAUGUAACACAUGCGGGACGUUUUUGACUUUGCCGAAUGUCGCUGAUGAAAUAUUAUUAUUAAAUUUCAAAGAUGUCUCUUUUUUUUCAUGUAAAAAAUCAUCAACAUUAAUUUGAGGCUAGAACUGAAGUUAACAAGUAAUGAAGUAUGCAUUGCUUAAAUUCCUUCAGAAGACUUCAAAUUUCUGUGGUGUCAAAAACACUUGCAGACAAACCUUGUAUUCGUACUCAUUUCAAUAGAAGGUCAAGGAAUAAAGGAAAAGAUGGAGACAGAGAGGCUCCUAUUGAGACACAAAGUAAAACCAAGCAGAGAGCUUUGCCUAUAGCUCUUCAGCACUUUACUUACGAAAAUAAAGAUGAAAAUUCAAAAAUAUUUGAAGACAAUUUAGAAACUAUUAGAUUUGAUAUAGAAAAUUUGAAGGCCUUAAAAUUAAAACAUCAAAUUAUGCAGAAAGAAUUGCGGGAGAAAAGCAAGGAACCCUAUCAUGCUGCUAAAAAAGUUUUGAUUGGUACGCCGGACGAGCAGCACAUGGCUUCUACGGUACCAUGUGGCGGUUGUGGUGCAUUUCUCCAUUGCAAUAAUCCAUCGUUACCAGGUUAUAUUCCUCAGCAACAGUUUAAAGGGAAGAAGACCGAGCAGUUAGCGACUUUGUUGUGUAAGAGAUGUACUAUUAUGUCUAGUUCAAAUGACAUCAUCAAAUUGGAUAUAGAUAAAACGACUUAUAAGCAGAUAAUAAAAAAGAUUAAAAAGGAGAGAGCUCUUAUUGUCAUGGUGAUUGAUGUAACAGACAUGGCUAAUAGUAUUAUACCAGAGUUCUUACAUGACAUCGGAACACGUAGACCAAUAAUUAUCGUAGGGAAUAAAAUAGACUUGAUACCAAAAGACUAUAAAGGCUAUUUGAAUGGAAUAUUAAGCCGUCUCAAUCAAGAAUGUCGCAGAGCCGAGCUGAAUCCAUGUGGAACAAAUAUUCGCCACACAUGUUUAGUGAGCGCUAAAACUGGAUAUGGUAUUGAGGAGCUUAUAAAUAAACUGAUCAGACAUGGACAUGUUUUUGGUGAUGUGUACUUAGUGGGAACUACAAAUUCUGGAAAAUCAACCUUGUUUAACACUUUCUUAGCAUCUGAUUAUUGUAAACACACAUGUCGAGAUAUUGUACAGAGAGCAACAGUGUCAAAAUGGCCUGGUACAACAUUGGAUCUGAUCAAGUUCCCUAUUUUUAGCCCUAGCAGUGAGAGGUUGCAUCUCCGAUAUAUGAGGUUAAAGGUUGAUCAAAAACGAUUACAUGACCUUCAGGCGAGAAAAAAAGUGAAAUUGAAGGAGCAUGGCCGUACUGAGCAUGGAAUACUUAUUGGUCAUGUUGGUAAGACGGAAUUCCGCAGUGAAGAGAUCAUAGAGGAAGAAAAUAAAAGAUAUUCAUCAACUGGUCAAAGCUUCUCAACUUACACAUUUAAUGCAGCUGAUGAGGAGUUGAAGGAAGAAACAGGUUUUGAAAAGGGAAAUGUAUUGAGUCUACGUAAGACUGUUCUUGAGGAAAAGUUUCCAGAGGCCAGAUGGACAUGUGAUACUCCUGGCCUUAUUAAUGAGAAUCAGCUUAUUAAUAAAUUAGAAGGUGAGGAAUUGAAGACGAUUCUAAAUAUGCAGAUGAUCCGUCCACGGGUUUUUGUCAUGAAACCUGGAGAUGUUAUGUUUGUGACAGGACUUGCAAGGCUUGACUACCUAGAAGGAAAGCCAAGAACAUUUGUUACAGUACACACCAAUCAUUUUUUGCCAGUCCAUGUUAUACAGAAUUGUGAUGCUGACCAGUUCUACACAGAGAAUGUUGGGACAGAAGUUCUCGGUUUACCUAUAGGUGAUUCUAAAAGGUUGGACAGGUUACCAAGUUUGAGUGCUAGAGAAUUUCAUAUAGAAAUGGAAGAGCCUAAGAUGGCCACAACAGAUCUUCAACUCUCUUCUCUUGGAUGGCUUUCAUUUUCUGCAUAUGACUGGAAUGUUUCUGCUGUAUUCAGGGCGUAUACGCCAGGUGGGCGUGGAAUGCAGUUAAGGACACCGGCUUUAUUACCAAAUAUUACAGCUUUCAAAGGACCUAGAAUCAUUGGAACAAAACAGUAUCAAAUAAAAAGGUUGAGAAUUGGAUGAUUUAGACAAAAUUUCAUCUGUUACAGGAAUGCUCAGGUGGAAAAAUGGAUGCCUGAAUAAAUCCAUGAUUAAA